AUGACCGAUAUUACACCCGCAAUCAACCAGCUUCUCACGGGAAAGCAUGCCGCAACGCCUGUCCCCAGUCGGGAAUCUCUCCGAUCUACAGAGACAGCCGACGAAUUUCUGAAAGAGGCAUAUCGAAUCAACUCCCACAUCCACUCCCUCCUCCACUACCUCCAAUCAAUCCGCCACUCCUACCUAUCCACAAACCCGACCUCAACGCGCCGCCGGCGCACCCUCUCCACCGCCCCAUCAUCACCAUCAACAGACACCCCCAAGGACUCUGACAAACACCUAACCGACACAGAACGCGACUCGAUCGACUCCUCCACCGCGCUCCUCCUCCGCGACCUCUCCUCCUCCAUCGCAAACCUCUCCUCCGCCGAAUCCCUCCGCCAGGAAACCGAGACGUCGCUCCUCCGCAAAAAAUACGGGUCGUCGUCUACGGCCGCGAAUCUCCUUUUCCGGUGGGCGGGGGGAACAGGCGCGCUUGAGGAUGAUAGUAGUGAUAAUGCGAAUAAAUCUGCGGAGCAGGUGCGUGACGAGGAGGUUUCGAGGACGGUGAAGACGGUUAGGGAGAAUGUGCUUUGGUUUUUGAGGAGGGGGCUGGAGAGUGCGGCGGAGGUGCAGAUGGGGAUGGUGGAGAGGAGGAUUGAGAGGGUGAGGGAGAAGGAGAAGAGCGUGCUUUAUAAAUCUGGGGGUGCUGCUGGGGCGUUUGCGAUGGGUGAGGAGUUGGGUGCUGCUGGUGGUGCUGGGAAUGCUUCGAUGAGAGGGUAUGAUGCGACGGCUAUGAGUGAGGGUGAGGCUGCGGCGAUCGAGUCGCAGCUCUCGCCGGAGCAAUUGCAAUUGUUCGCUCAGGAGAAUGAUACUAUGCUCAAGCAUUACGAAGAUACCUUGAGCAAAGUACAAAACGCGGAAAAAUCACUCAUUGAAAUCUCCUCCCUCCAACAAACCCUCGUCACCCACCUCGCGACCCAAGAGGAAUACAUCGGCCAGCUGGUCAGCGACGCCGCCACGACGCAGACGAAUGUCGGCCAGGGAAAUAAGGAGUUAAAGCGGGCCACUGAGUCACGGAGUACAGCCCAAGCAGUGUUUUGGGGAACUGUGGGAUUGUGUACGUGGUUGGUUGUUUGGGAUUUGGUUUUUUAG